AUUCUUGCUAUUUAAUCCAAACUAUAGUUUCAGUCGACGCCAACUUAUUGCUCAUAAAGAGAAUAUUUGAAGUCCGCUCCCCAACUAAAUUCCUAUGCGUUUAAAAUAGCUUUCAGAGCAUUUCAGCCCAAAAAGUUUUGAGUAGAACAAAUUUGAAUUCAAGUGGUGGAGUGCAAGAGUAAAAACUAUGUCAUUUUUCGGAGGAUGUGUUUGGUGAAACGAAGCCUGGUUGUAAUUACCCUAUUGUGUUGCAUUGGAGGAGCUACUGGCAACUACGCAACUGGCACUGGAAAACAGAUCAAAGAGCUUCUCAAGAACGGUAGUAGAGCUGACAUAAAACAGAGUAGGUCGCUUUCACCAAAGUACUCCGUGCCUGUGAAGUUCAAAACUGCGGCAGUUGCUGCAGAUCAUAAAAAAUGUUCAGAACAUGGAGCUGAAAUUUUACGAGAUCAGCAUGGCAAUGCCGUGGACGCCGCCAUUGCAACUGCUCUGUGUGUGGGUGUAGUGAAUGCUCAUUCAGCGGGUAUUGGAGGUGGAGGAUUCAUGAUCAUUUAUGACAAGAAAAGGGCGAAAACUACAGCAAUAAACUUCAGGGAGAUGGUUUCUCGCCACGAACAUGCUAGAACGAUGAAAGACUUUUUAAACCUCAAGCAAAAAUGGAAAGAAAGAGAGAGGAGAAAAAAUAUAUCAGGCGAAGGAGAAUUUAUCGGCGUGCCUGGCGAGCUUCGCGGAUUCGAACUGGCUUGGAAGAAGUACGGUCGACUGCCUUGGCGAAAACUUUUUCAACCCGCUAUCGAAAUUGCAACAAAGGGCUUUCCAGCGCAUCGUGCACUCGUGAAGGCUGUACGAAUUAAUUGGGUGAAUGUUACGCACGACUCUGGAUUGAGAGAGUUAUUCAGGAGAAACGGUCGAAUCAUUAAAGAAGGAGACAUCAUCAAGAGAACAAAAUAUGGAAAAACCCUUAGUAAAAUUGCUAACUCAGGAGCUGACCUCUUCUACACUGGAAAAAUAGCGAAUAAGAUCGUCAAAGACGUCAAAUCCAUAGGUUCCUGUAUUAACCUAAGAGACUUGAAAGAAUACAGAGCUACUGAAGUUGAACCAUUGGAAGUUUCUCUCCCUGGGGUCAAAGGAUACAAACUUCUGACCGUUCCACCCCCUGCCGGUGGUGCCGCAUUAAUCAACAUAUUGAACAUUCUCAAAGGCUUUAAUUUUAGUGCAAAUGAUAUGAAGCAUCAGCCUAUUUUGACGUAUCAUCGCAUGAUCGAAGCGUUUAACUUCGUGGCAGCCAAACAGACUUAUCUUACAGAUCCUGACUUUGAUGAAGACGUUAAUGAGAUUGUGAAGGAAAUGUUGGAUCCUGAGAAAAGCGAGCAGAUACGCAGAUUGAUAAGCGAUAAGACACAUUCCUUUGAUUAUUAUGGUCCAAUUAACUACAAUGUCGACAUUACAGAUGGCACAACUCACGUCUCUGUUCUCGAUGCAGAAGGAAAUGCUGUUUCCUUAACAACGUCAAUCAAUAAAUAUUUUGGAGCAAAACUUAGAAGUCCUAAGCUUGGCAUAAUUUACAAUGAUCAGCUGCUGGACACUUACGAGAAUGUAAGGCUAAAGCAAUUUAAAUUGGCGAUUGACGAACUCAAACCUUACAAAAGACCCGUGUCUCUUGCUUCACCCUCCAUCAUCUUAGAUAAAGCUGGGAACGUGAAAAUGGUUUUUGGAGCUGCUGGGGGGAAAUUCAUCACAACGGCUUUGGCGCAAGUUCUGAUGAACUACUUCUGGUUUAGAGAUAGUUUAAAGGACGCUGUGUCUAAGACUCGUCUUCACAGCCAACUGUUUCCGAAUCUGGUCCUUGUCGAGAAAACCUUUCCUAAACAGUACGUCGACGAGCUUAAACGUUUUGGACAUAAAAUUACAAAUGACACCGUAGAUAUUACAGGAACUCCCCAUCAAAUCGUCGGAGUGGUUCAACUCGUCUAUCGAGACAAGGACGGCGAGAUAUUCGCACUUGCUGAUCAUAGGAAGGGAGGUGAACCCGCAGGUUACCGCUGA